UCCUGUCUUGACAAUUGUCUCACAAGUAGAGAUUUUGGACAAAUGGGGGAUUUGCAGUGGACGCUGGACCCUGAUAUCGUGAGACUUUCCCUUGUGUUUGAGUGGGUAUUUCAGGGGAAACAUUAACCCAGAGUGACCUUGUGCAGCAUACAGGUCAGAUCAGUGUAUCAUACUGUAUCGUUCUGCUGCUUUUUUUUUUUCUGGUGAAAGGUGUUAAUCAUUUGUUUUUAAAUUGUGUUUAAAAGAUUAUCUGUGUGAUUGAUUGGGUGCCAAAUAAUGCAUCUAUGAACUGACGUGGACAGCACCUGUCACGAGCAUGCUCUUAUAAUUACAUUUUUAUUGUCGCAGAUAAGAUAGUCAUAGAUUAGCAGUACCCAUCUCUAAUCUUGUAGACAUCACCCCAGACUCUUUAUUGCCCUGCACAAAUGGGUGAGAGGAGGAAGGAGGGGGGCUGCCUGGUCCUCCCUCCCUCACAUGCACCUUUAUCAGCAUGAGCUUGGAGGACAUGUGGACAGUGUGUUUGUGACUGUAGAGAAGCAUGACGGAUUCCAAGUGUGAGGUCUUCACUGUGGUCAGUGCAGAGACUGUCCAAUGUCAGAAAGAGCAGGCCGCCCCCAUGGGCUUCUUCGAGCGCUAUGUGCAGCCCUGCCUGGCUGAACUCAUCGGCUCCACUCUCUUCAUAUUUGUAGGCUGCACCUCAGUCAUCGGCAACGUAGGAAUCACAGGGAGUGUUCAGCCUGCACUGGCACAUGGACUGGCCCUGGCUAUCGUUAUUGGAGUGUUUGGAGAGAUCAGUGGGGGUCACUUUAAUCCAGCUGUGUCGGUGUGCGUGUUCCUUGUUGGAGGAAUGGAGCUGAUCCUUCUCAUUCCAUAUGUACUUGUUCAAAUGCUUGGAGGAAUGAUCGGAGCUGGUCUUGCCAAAGCCAUCUCCCCACCCAUUGAGUUCAGUAAUGCAUCUGGAGCUGCGUUCACUGCUGUCAGUAGUAACGCUGAUGUGGGAGUUGCUACUGUGGCUGAAAUUGUGAUGACACUCUUCCUGACUAUGGUGGUCAGUAUGGGGGCUGUGAAUGAGAGGACACGUUGCCUGUUUGUUCCCUUCCUCAUCGGCCUUACAGUGACGGCGAACAUCCUGGCUGGGGGUAUGGUCUCUGGGGCGUGCAUGAAUCCAGCUCGAGCUUUUGGACCAGCAGUGGUGGCUAAUCACUGGGCCUUCCACUGGGUAUACUGGAUUGGACCAAUGGCUGGUGCUUUGCUCUCUGCCACCAUUAUCAGGUUAUUGAUUGGUGAUAAGAAGAUACGUGUUGUAUUUAAACGAUAAAGCUGCAAUUUUCGAGUGUCAUUCAUGACCUACUUUUAACUAAGUAGCCAUUUAAUGAUGCUAUGUAGAAAGUGUCUCACUAAUUUUUAAUCUUGUUUGCCUUUUUGUUUCUUCAUUAUUUUUGAAAGACACUGAGUGUAACAAACAACUGUAUAAAGCUGUAUUAUUAUUAUUUCUUUCA